CGUCCAAUUGUUAUGCGCUCAGCGGGGACCGUCUUUGUUUUCCAGCCGCGCCAGUCCCAGAAUAAGGCCAAUAAUGAUGCUGAGGGGCGGGGAGCAGCGCGGUCUGCAGACCCACUGAGUCUGAGAGGGACUGGGUGCCGAGGAGAGGCAGCAGGCAGCGGUGGCGGAGAUUGGCUCACACCUCUGAAUCACAAGUCAACCUCCAGUCGCUCACACCUCUGAAUCACAUCUCAGCCUUCAGUCAAGCAACUCGAAGACCCGGGGCGACUAUAUAUUUUCUUUUUUUUUUCCCGAGGGGUUUCGCUUGUGGCGCUCAUAAAGACUGGAGAAGCUAAAGCAGGAGCGGGAGGGUUUACAGUUGCAUUCUGACGCUCAGCACUCCUGUCGCCUCACCUGCACGGCCGGAGAAGAGGUCCGCUGUGGUAAUAAUGCAUCCAGAUAAGUACUUGCCUGAACUGGUGGCCGAGAAAACCAGCCUGGACCCCUCCUUUGUGCAUGCGGUGCGCCUGCUUGCAGAAGAGAUUGAGAAGAAUGACGGCGAUGACUUGAGAAAGGAUGGUGACACAAAGAAAUACCUAGAUAUCAUCAGCAAUAAAAAUAUCAAGCUCUCCGAAAGAGUUCUCAUUCCAAUCCAACAAUAUCCUAAGUUUAAUUUUGUCGGAAAGCUACUGGGACCACGGGGAAAUUCCAUGAAACGAUUACAAGAGGAGACGGGAGUGAAGAUGUCCAUCCUCGGCAAAGGGUCCAUGAGGGAUAAAGGCAAGGAAGAAGAAUUAAGGAAAAGUGGGGAGGCCAAAUACGCCCAUCUGAGUAAUGAUCUUCAUGUUUUAAUUGAAGUCUUUGCUCCACCUGGAGAGGCCUAUUCCCGCAUGAGUCAUGCCUUGGAGGAGAUUAAAAAAUUCCUAGUUCCAGACUACAAUGACGAGAUCAGACAGGAGCAACUGAGAGAGCUCUCCCUGUUGAACGGCUCAGACAAGUCAAGCAGAGGAAGGAGUGUGCAAGGAAGGAGCGUACGACAAGCAACUACAAUAUCCACAGGGGGCCACAGAGGCACAGGAAGGAGUGCAGCAGCACCUCGGGGGACAGCGGCAGUGGCACACAGCAAACUUCCCACGACUGUUUUAGCAAGGGAGGUACAAGCCCUGAGAGCCAGGGUGGCAGCAGGGAGUGCAGGAUACAGGCCCCCGCUGUUGGCAGUCACACAUGAUUCAUACGACGACUAUGGCUACGAUGAUGGGUACGGUGGAGAAUAUGAUGACGAGAGUUACGAAGCCUAUGACGAUAACUACAGCAAUCAGUCAAAGAGCAUCUCAGAAUAUUAUGAAUAUGGACAUGGAACAAGUGAUGAAUCCUACAACAACUAUGAGGAAGAAUGGGCGACCACCCGUCCCAGUCUCAAAGCCCCAGUUUUACGGCUGACAAGAGGGGGCUACAGAAAACAUCCCUAUGGUAGAUACUGAAGGUGCUCCAGAUAUGUGACCUCCAAUUUCAAAUUUUUUAUAUACAUUUUUUUUAAUUCUUCAUAAAUUGUUGUAACAAUGGCUUUUUGGUUAGUCUUCUUCAGAAGAUCAAAUAAAAAAAUAACCCCAUAAAGCACAUACAUCCUCAAACUUAACUACUGCAGUAUUCAAAUUGUGCUACUCUUUCAGGAUAUAGUACAUAUUUUAAAGUGCAGAGAGGAGAUAGAAAAGAGACAUUCAUCCAUGCUCAUCCAUGUACAGGAAGGUUGUUCUUAGAAUUGGCUGUUAAAAGGCUCUUUAAUUCCAAAUCUACACACCCCCACCCCCCUCCCCAAAACAUUUUUUUGUCGCAUUUUGACAAAUUACUUUCCAUUCAUUGCCUUUAUUGCUGUGCUUAUCGCGGUUUACUAGCCAACGUCCAACAAUAUUUUUUACCUUUCAAGAUGCUCAGAUUAGGCAAUCAGAGAGUCAUAAUUUCUAUGUUCCCAUGGUUUGGUGUCACCGAACACAGUGUCAAAGUUGUCGACCAGGAUUCUGACACCCAUGUUUUUUUGUCAUGACAUUGUGAGACAUCUCGUUGUCUUCCACUAUGACACAGUAGAGGGCACAAAAGUGAAAACAUUCUCAUAUUUUAGUUGCCCCUGCAGUUUGACCAAUGGCCUAGUUCCUGUAAGGGGGAAAAGUAGAGCGAUACUGCUAUGUUUCUUUAAUAGUUAUUAAAAAAAAAACUUAUACAGUUUUUCCUUAUUAUUAAUGGUAUAAGAAAAAAAAGCACAGACCAGGUUUAGCUCAUUGUGGGUCACUCAAGAUAACCUUUCAGGCAGGAUGAGUCUUUAACCAGCCAGAGCCACAGUGAAAAUGUGACUUCAAAUUUAAAAUGAUCUUUUUUCAAUCUCUAUCAUCUUUCUUCACCGUUCACUGAUUGGUCUGGCUGUGGGCUCAGUCUGGUUUAAAUGGAUCUUUUCCAAACUUACACCUUAUACCAAAACUGACAGAGAACCACACAAUGCUCUGAACACAAAUGACCCGAUCCACUCCAUUAAAGGCAACAGAUGGAAACUUAACCUUUUCCAUUGAAGACCUGAAUGCAAAGUGAUUAAAUGACAUUUCCUAGUAAAAAUGUUUAAUGUUCAUAAAUCUAAAUCCUCAAAACCUCAAGUUUUCCCAAUAACUGAUUGCCAUAUGAACCUCUGAUGACUUCAUGGUAAAACUGACUUGAAACCACAGACUAAAGUUAUAUUGUGACUUUAAAUGAUACAAGAUGUGAGAUCGUUAUCGUGCAAAAUACUCUUUUGUGCUUGGGUUGAAAGCAAUGAACAAUGUACAGUGUGUCAUUUAUAAUGCGUGCUUUGUUCUGUGUGUAAUCUGUAUUUGUACAUAACGCAUUUAAUAAAAACAACAUAAACCU